AUUUUGGCGGGUAACAAUUUUGUAAACAAUUUGUAACUUCACGGUUAUUAUUUAAAUAAAAUUGAUUAAAAAGACGAAGUCGUGUGUGAUAUUACUUGUGUACUAUGCAAAAAGGCAAGCAGAAGAAUGAAACAAAAGGAAAUUUGAAAAUUAGCAGUUUUUUCAAAGUGCUACCGAAAAACUCACUAAAUACCGAUGUUAAAGAAAUACAGCCAUGUAAUUCAGCUGUCGUGCUGACUAUUAGUGAUGAUGAAGACAUCAUACAGGGUUCUCCAACAAUCAAUAAUAGACCAUUUACAAUGAAGCAUGUUAAAAAGAAAACCACUGCAAAGGGUGAGGAGUCCUUAGCAACACUCAGGAAACGUAAGGUCAGGCAGUCAGAAUGUAAUGAAAAUUCUCCACCAUCUAAGAGAAACAAUUCAGUGGUGUAUAUUUCAGAUCGAGUUGAACCCAUUCCUAGCAACAGUAAAUAUCACUCAGAGACUGACAGUUGUCCAGUUCCCAGCAUAAGUGAAUACAAGCCACUGAGGAUAGAGAGCGAUAAAGUUAUUUUUGUAAAGACGCCAGAAAAACUGUUGACUCCAGAGGCAUUAAAGAGAUACACUACUCCCGAAAAGAAAAGCUUUCUUGAAAAAAUAAGGACACCUACACCUAAAAGACUGAGUUUUAGUGAUAAGUUCUCUAGUGGACCAGAUACUUUAUUAUCAAAAGCGGAUGAAUCAUCAAGGAACAAUGUAAAAUGCAACAUUAUGAAAAAUGUCACACCAAAAAAAGCGAAUAAUUCUCCACAAAAAACGACACCUAACAAAAGAACUCCAAAAAAAUUGUUCAGCAGGUCACCAGAUAAUUUGAAUAGUUUUAAUGUCCAGGUUAUUAAAGACUUUGUCAAAAUAACUCCAAGUAAAUCGAAUCAAAGAAUUGAAGUGGAUGCUAAGAUCCUCAGUUCCAGCGAGAAAAAACAGAGUACAAUGUUUAGAUAUGUGGGUACAACACCAUCUGAAAAGUCUAAACAAGCUCAAGCUCUGAAUGAGGCUACGCCAACAAAAAGUCCUGUGACAACAUCUGAAAUACCAUCCACGUCUAAAGUAAAAACAAAAUUGGAUUUUGCGGACUGUACAAAACAGACGUUGAAAUCGCCAGUGAAAUCUCCAACUCUAAAAAAGAACGGACAAUCGUCAAGUUUGGAUAACGUCUUUGCAGAGUUUCAGUUUGAGGAAUUUGAUAGUGAAUCCCGUAAGAACUCAAAAAUGUCACCGGCGGUAACGAAGAAUGAAAAUGAAUUAAACCAUCUUAAGGAUGAAUUUCAGGAACUUGAAUUUGAUGAAUGGGAGGGGGAAGUAAACACACCAGAAACUACCUCAUACGAUCUGGACCUAAAAGAGUCUCAACAUUGUAAAAUAAAAAAUAUAGAAGUGGUUCCAAAGAGAAUUAUUUUGAAGCUCGAGUCUACCAAGACAGGAGAAUCUGCUAUAUGUAAUGUAGAGGGCUUCUGGGUACAUGCAGUACUAAAUACUUCUGAUACUGUACAUGUAAAGGCAAAGAAGUUGGAGAAUGGCGAAUGGUUAAUUGAUAACGAUAACGGUUUGUUAGUAUUUGAACCUGAUAUGCUAAUAUCUACAACUUCAGUAGUAAACUCAUUAUUUUGUAAAAGGAAAAGCGUGCUAGUUGAAAGUUUCAGAGGAUUUGAACCCACAAAUAAAGCUAUGCUUGUCGGUACAAUAGUCCAUACGCUGCUACAAACAGCUUUGAAGAAUAAUCUCAGAAAUAAACGGCAAAUAGAGAAAGCUGCAAAAGAACUGUGUCAAAAUUCUGCCACUUUAAGGGAUCUUUACGAUGCCGACAUAGCUCCUGAUGAUCUGCUAAAUGAUGUAUUGAGCUUUGUGCCUAAAAUAGAAGAGUUUAUGUGGCAAUAUGUAAAACAUUCACAGUCAAAUGGUGUUCGAUCCCUACUCAAAGAAAAUUGGAAUGGUUGGAUAGAUACAAUAGACGAUAUUGAGGAGAACAUUUGGUGUACAGAAUUAGGAUUCAAGGGGAAAGUUGACAUAAAUGUGAAAAGCGGUUCUCAAUUGAUGCCUCUUGAAUUAAAAACUGGAAGGGCUUCCGUUUCUUUAGAACAUAGAGGACAGGUGAUGAUGUAUAUAAUGAUGAUGAAUAAGUUGGGAUACAAAGUAUCAUCUGGGUUACUGUUAUAUCUAAGAGAGGGUGUGCUGAGAGAAAUUCCUAUGACACAUAGGGAGCAGAGGGACAUUGUCAUAUUACGGAACGAAUUAGCAUACUAUCUCACUAGGCGACCAAAAAUUACCGAAAAUAAAGGAUCUGAUGACAGAAAAUUAAUCCCGCCCGAGCUACCAGAGCCUAUCAAUCAUCGUGGAUGUUAUAAGUGCCCUUACAAUGUGCUGUGUGCUUCGUUCGCAAGGUACAAUAAUGAAAAUAUUGCGAAUAAUGAAGCAUUGAACAGCAUAAUACAAGGCGAUUUGAAAACUAUUAGUGAAGCACAUCUUGAUUAUAUCAUGAAAUGGAUCACUAUGGUAUCACUGGAAUCGCAAAGCAACAAAAAUACUAAGCAACUAAGGGAUAUUUACACACAAACCCCACAGAAAAGGGAGCAGUUUGGCAGAUGUAUAAUAAACUUGCGACUGACAAAUGUUGGCGAUGAAACCAAUGGAAUGUAUGAUCAUACUUUUAUGAAGAUGAAUUCGGUAGAUGGUGUUAAUUUUUUUGCAAACGGUAUAAGUGACAGAAAUUACGUUGUCAUCAGUACAAAUACAAGACCUGCUGUUGCAUCUGGAUUUGUUUCUGAUAUAUCAUCCAAUUCUAUAUCAGUGACAUUGGAUAGGGAUCUCAACAAAAAAUACUCAGGUCAAACGUUCCACAUAGACAGCUACGAGUCGUCUACGGCUUACUUAUUCAGCUUUGCUAACUUGACGCUACUGCUAGAGUUGACAGAUAGAUCGGCUGAUUUACGCAGAAUCAUCAUCGACAAGGCCUCACCUACUUUCAUGAGCACUUUGCCCAAACAGAUCGCGGUGAAAGGAAAAGAGAUUCUGACAAGACUGAACAAGGUGCAGCAAAGAGCUGUAUUAAAAGCUAUCGCUGCGAAGGAGUACUACUUGAUUAUGGGUAUGCCAGGAACUGGAAAAACAGCCACAAUUGUCGCCCUCAUACAACUAUUGUGUGAACUUAAAAAAACUGUUCUGAUAACGAGUCAUACUCAUUCGGCUGUGGAUAACGUUUGCAUUAAACUGAUCAGACUAGGUGUUAAAUUGAUAAGACUCGGAUCCGAAGCCAGAAUGCAACCCGAACUGAAAAAAUACUCCGAGCAUUACCUUACAAAAAAUUGUAAGACUCCUGAAGAUCUCAAAGCUGUUUAUGAAGGCGCUCAAGUGAUUGCUGUGACAUGUCUGGGUGCAGGGCAUCCAGUAUUGUCAAAAAGAACGAUGGAUAUAUGCAUUAUAGAUGAGAGCACUCAAGUCGUUCAGAGUACAGUAAUAAGACCUUUAUAUGCAUCGAAAACUUUUAUCUUGGUUGGUGAUCCUAAACAAUUACCAGCUGUUGUUAAGAACAACGAGGCUCGCUCCUUAGGAAUGUCUGAAAGUCUCUUUGAAAGGUUAUACUCAAAGGAUGCCUGCUCAGUAUUGAACAUAAAUUAUAGAAUGAAUAAAACCAUAACGAAUCUAGCCAAUGAAAUUACUUACGAUGGAGACUUGCAAAUAGGCAAUGAGAUGGUCGCAAAUGCAACACUGAGGUUGAAAAAGCAGGUCUUAGAAAUAAAAUCGCAGUGGAUAAAACGAACCUUAGAUACUUCGCUGGAAAAGGCAGUUAUAUUUUUAGAUACGGGACCUGUUUGGAACUUGGUACACGACGUGCCGUGGUUAGAACAUCCCAAAGAUGAUAGGAGUGAUAACAUAAACUGCGUAAACAUUUAUGAAGCUGCUAUUACAGCUAUACUAGUGAAAACAUUAUUACAGGCAGGAGUUGAGAAUAGUCAAAUUGGGGUGAUAGCUUCCUAUAGAAACCAAGUAGCUCAAAUAACGACGCUAAUCAAGAGUUCAAAUGUGACUGUUAGUACUGUGGAUCAGUUUCAAGGAAUGGAUAAAAAUGUGAUAAUUUAUUCUUGCACAAAAUCAAGAAAUAUUGCUGAACCUAAGGAGAUCAAUAAGUUUGAAAUUUUGGAAGAUCCAAGGAGAAUAACAGUAGCUGUAACUAGAGCAAAGCACAAAUUAAUUUUGAUAGGAGAUAUAAAUACAAUUUCAGAAUACACGACUUUCAAAAAAUUAGUGACAGUUCUAAAAGAGGAUACAUUAUGUCUCCCAGCAUUGAAAGGUUUUAAUUGGAAGAAGAUCCUGGAUGUUGAGAGUUCGUCAUAGUGUUAAGCUUAAUUUAGAUUAUCACGUGUUCAAUUUCUUACUGUUUAGAUUAAAACAUUUUACAUGGA